UUAUGUUUUGUGAUUUACUAGAUGUUGUAAAAUGAAUCAAAGAUAUGUGUUUACAUUGCUGGCUAGUCUUGGUAACUUACUGUCCCUCUGUGGUAGGGACUCAAUGAGGCUGACUGUAUUAUUGAUGAGGCAAGAAUAUCUUAAAUGUUCCAGUCCAGACAAUUCUUCUCGUUCUUACCAUUUACCAGACAACCAUCCCUACCUCGCGUCAGACACCAAUGCUUAUCCCUACCUCGCCUCAGACACCAAUCCCCAUCCCUACCUCGCUUCAGACAAUGAAAACAGAAUAAAUCUCACAGCAGUAAAUGUUCAAGAAAACACAGUUUUCAAUGUUAGUGAUUUGGUAGGAUGGGAUGAAAAGAGUAUUGUAAGACGAUGUGGAACUAUAGAAUAUUCAGAACUAGAAAUUGCAGCAAUUCGCAGUGCAUUCAAUAUUGGUGUCAUGAUAACGGGAGUUGGAGGAGCGUUUUGUGACGUUUUCAGUGGGAAAAAGAUUAUGACCGUAGUUGGAAUUGUUCAAGGAAUCUGUAAUAUCUUAAUACCAACCAGUGCCGCCAUAUGCCUUCCUAUACUUCUCUUUAAUCAGUUUGUAUCUGGUUUGGCUGGUGGGUUUGUCUGUGCAUGUUUAACCUCGAUGUUGGCAAGAUGGGAACCAAGCUGUGAAAGAGGAUUGUUAUCAACAAUAAUAUACACUGCUAGCCCUGGUUGCUUAGUGAUGACGUCAUUACUUACCGGAAUUACAAGCCAGAUAACAAAUUGGAGAAGUCAGUAUUAUGGAUUUGGUGUGAUACAGUUGGCCUGGUUAGUUCCUUGGUGGUUCUUGGUUCAUGAUUCUCCGGAUAUACAUCCUAGAAUAAAUGAGAAAGAAAAACGGCUUUUGUUGGAUCAUACAGAUAUCGCUGUUUCCAGACCAAGCAUCUCACAGAUACCUCUACUUAGGAUUCUAUUGAGUCCUCCUGUCUGGGGACAAAUAGCUGCUAAUAUGGGAAACAUCUGGGUGAAAUCCUUCUACGAACUGCUCCCUCAGUACCUGGAGGAGUUGGGAGUAAAGAUGAUGUUUAAUGGUUUUGUAUCAGCUCUACCCCCUUUAGGAAGUGUAAUAAUGGGUCUACUAGCCUCCAGAUUGUUUAAUUGGGCAAAUUCAACACAUAUUUCAUUAUCUUUAGCUAGGAAAAUAUCUUCAAGUAUUUGUUUGUUUGGAUUUUCUGUGCUAACCGCCUCAAUACCCUUGCUGGGACCUGAACCACCAACUUUUAUCAUCUUUGUAACUACAGCUGCAUACUUUCUAACAGGAUUCCAUCUGGUCGGAGCUAUGAACAAUGCAAUCGAUUUAUCUCCGAACUAUGUUGGAACUAUACUAGGGAUCAACAGUUUCUUCAUGUAUCUUACUUCAACAACUGUAUCAUAUUCUAAAGUGAUCGCACUUCAAGUUCUUGACGAAUCUCAGGUGUGGCCAGCCUUAUUCAUACUCUCCUGUAUAAUAGCAACCUCCUCAAACAUUGUUUUUUUACUUCUUGGUUCUUCGGAACUUCAGGAUUGGAACAUGACGGCUGAACCUGUUAAAACUGUUGAGGAUUUAAACGCAAACAUUUCUGAAAUAAUUACAGAAAAGAGUUCAACGCCGAACUACGGAUCCGCAAACCAAUAUUUAAUAGAUUAAACUUUUCAAAUAUUUGACUGACGACUGUACACAGGUUGACCAGGGGCGUAUACAGGAUUGAAUCUAAGGGGGGGGGGGAGAUUGUGCGAAGCGUAGAAUUUUUUACCCCACCUUAAAAAAUGUUAACGCCCUCCCCCCCAUUUUGGGUCCAAGACAGAAAUGUACUGGCGGAUUUAAGAUGGAAAUAUCAAUUUCUUUUUUUUCAGUUUCUAGAUUGGAAAUCAAAUUACGGGGGGAUAUGCCCCAUCCUAGUGGCACUACCCCCCCCCUCAUCCCCUGUAUACGCCUUUCAAGUUGACAGUUGCUGAAGUACAAAAAUAAACAAUCUAAAAAAAAUAUCUGAACAUUGUAACAAAGUUAGAACUUUGCCAAUGAAAUAUUUAUUUUAAUUUUUGUCGUGCAAUAAUGAACUUUUAAAAAAUGAUUUUAUGAUAUUUAUAUUUUGUCACAUAUCUGAAUCAUUUGGCCAAUUUUCAGGUCUUCAUUAGUGGAUUUUUUAAAUAAGAAAAUUAUUUCAUUAUACCCAAAAAACCCAAACAAACAAACAGCCACACAGGUUAAACAAACAGACAAUUAAAAUUGUAUGGUUAUUUUAACAGUUAUUAGUUCACUAAAAAAUAAAUGUCCCCAGAACAAA